AUGCUGGAUAAGCCAAAACCAAUUUUUAUUGAUAGAUACGCUCUGCGAAAAUUAUCAUCUAUCAAUGAAGAAAACUACACAGGUUCUCAAAGUGAAGGCUCAUCUCCGCUUUUGGAUGAAGAGAUUGCUAAACGAAGGCGCAAGCUAAGUAAAACUUUGCCAGCUGAAGCAAAUAUAAUAAUCACAGAAGAAUCCCCCAUGGCGAUUCAAGGGCUGAGCGAAUUAGAAGAAGAUGAACAAAAUUAUGAUAACCAGAGCGUUGGGUCAAUUAUGUCAAUCGACAAUUAUGAUAAUGAGUCUUUUAUUACUGAUGCGGCAGAUUUGGAUGGGUAUGACUAUAUUGAGUAUUUCCAAGAUAACCUGGAUAUUGAGAUGGGAGAGAUAAGAAGCCCUGUGAGGAAAAAGACAAGGUCAAGGACUGUAAAAGUUCAGAUGGAAGGAAAACUUAUUGAGGAAGAAAAAAAGACAUACUGAAUAGAGUACUCCUUGGGAGCAGCUUUGACAGCUUCAGCUGCACUGAUUUUAUUUAUUUUUAAUAAGUAA